AUGUAUAAUUUCCAACGUACUUUUAUUGAUGAGAUUCUUAUAAAGCGCUUGUGGAACGAGUACCUGCUGUUUGUGAGCUCAAAAAAUCAGACCAGAGUCUUCCCUGGGUGUUCCCCGGAUCUAUCCGAGGGAAGCUCUCAACCUUUGCACAAGGAAACAAUGGAAGCACUCGAUCACAAGAAUGCAAUGGGUUACAUGCAAGAUUUGGGGAAAUGCAUUGUUGAAAUACUUUCGGGCAUUCAUUCUGUGGAACAUAAUUUGCUCUUGGUUUUCUGUUCAUCAUUUCAAGAGAACUGCCUUGAUAUAUUUCAGCGAAUGGAGAGUACAGAAAAACUUAAUGAGAAUGUAGAACGGUUCAUCAAAUUUUUGUUUUUAUUGGAUCAACAUGCGGUGCAAAAAGGUGAAACAUGGCCCUUGGUUGAUUUAGUGGGACCAGCGUUGGCGAAGUCUUUCCCAUUGAUUAAAACCCUUGACUCACCAGAUUCUGUGAGAUUUAUAGUGGCUGCAGUCUCCAUAUUUGGACCACGCAAGAUAAUUGGAGAAUUCAUUUGCAAGGAGUUCAAAAUUGAGCAUUUUAUUGAAUGUUUUAAGGAAAUAUUUAUCCCUUGGUGCUUGCAAAAGAAUAGCUCCUCCAACGGUGCUCGAGUGGAACUCUUGCUUGCAUUAAUUUGUGAUGAAUCCUUUUCAGAACAGUGGGACAGUGUCAUUGCACAUGCAGUGAAGGUAGACGAUGUUGUAGCUGGUGCUAGGACUCUGGAGCCCGACUGCAUAUCUGUGUUGGCAAUGCUCAUUGAGAAAGCAAGAGAGGAAAUUCGAAAGAGGAAGGUAGACAUGGAUUUAGAUCAUCGGCAAGGAUCCCAUUCAGAGCACUGGCAUCAUGAGCUUCUAGAUUCGGCUGCUGCUUCUGUUGCCCGUUCUUUUCCGCCAUUUGAGAUUUCUGAUGCUAAUUUUUUGCGUCUUGUUCUUGGUGGCGCAAUGGAGGGUGAUCAAACUUCUUUUGUGACAAGAAGUACAUCAAUCCUGAUAUUUGAAGAAGUGUUCAGAAAGUUGCUCACAUUCGUGAUGGAUUCUACUUUCUCUUGGGUCAGGAGUGCUGGUUCUUUAUUAAUUGCUGAAGGAAUUGAUUCUAAGCUGCAAUAUGAAUCUUCUAUCAACGUGCUCGGAAUGGCCCAUUUUGCGCUGGAAGUACUUAGUGGUAGCUUCUUUUGCAUCAAGUCUUUUGGCAACGAAAUUGGGUUGGUUCCAGGUCUUUUAGCCACAAUUUGGGUGAUUGACUGGGAAUGUAGCAUGGCAUCAGUUUCCAAUGAUGAGCUUGAUGGUGAAUCUUCAGAAAAAACCAAGGCCAGGCUGGGUUGUUGUGAAUCUGUUCAUACUUUUCGAUGCAAGAUAGGUAAUCAAUUCUUUAAGAGCCUCAGCACAGAUAUUAGGCAUAGAUUGGGAAAUGUUUUGAUUCAGUCUAUCAAGUCUGCCAUAUUCAAGGAAGAAAAAGUAGACAUAGAUAAAAUGAUAUCUUUGUGCUGUUCUUGGAUGCUUGAAGUUCUUGAAUGUCUUUGUCAAGACCAAUUUGAAGAACAAAUUUUGUUAGACCAGUUUCUGAACAAGAGUGAUUUGUGGCCUUUGUGGAUUAUACCCGAUGUCAGCAAUGGAAAAAGAUCAGCUACCUUAAAAACUGAAAAUCUCUCUCUUAAGGUGAGUGGGUUUUGUUUAUAA